UUUCGACGAAAGUUCCGAGUUGCAUUCCGAUGAAAGUGAAUGGAUUCACAGUGUAGAGAGUGAAAACGUUUCCGACUUUGUGUCGCAACGAAACGAUUCACCGAGAAUUUCGCGUGGUUCGCUGGACGCUUCGCGGAUCGCGUGGGCGUCCUGCCUUCCGAGUUCCGAGUCUCCUGGCCCACGCUCUUCGCAACACUUUAUUUACGCGUUCUCCUCGAUCGCUACGUUCCCCGAUAACACGAUCGUUAACGCGCCACCGUAUCGGAGACCCAUAAUGAUCCAGGUGACACGUUUCAUUAAUUGACAAUUACGAAAAACCCCCUCGAGAGAAUCUUAUAGUUUGUCGUUAGCUGGUUGAUAUACUGGUUGACGCACUGGUUGAUAUACCAGUUGAUAUACUGGUUGUAUGGAACCAGCUUUCCCCUGAUGCUUACCUAAACGUUUAAUCGUGAAUCACGUUUCCUGCGUACCGCACGUCCCCGACGCGUUCAUUUUUCCGCAGCAUCAGAACGGAUUUGUUUUCACAACUGUUACCAGCUCGAUGAAUUCGAAAUUCGACGCCGGAUUCGCCGUUCACAACAUCCUAGGACUCUUGCAAAAAAGCACACGCGUCUACGUGUAUGUAAAUAUACAAGACAGGAUCAAGGAAAAACUAUACCAAGCAAGAGGGGAAAGCGGAGGGACAAUAACUUGCGCUGGUUGUCUCAAUGCCAUUGACGAAGACGAGUUUAUCCAGGCUCUGAACCAGAUAUGGCACAUCGACUGUUUUCGGUGUUCUGCUUGCGACGUUGGUCUCUCAUCGUGGUACUUUGAAAAGGAUGGUUUGCUUUUUUGCAAGGAUGAUUACUGGGCUGCCUAUGGGGAGGCCUGCCAAGGUUGCGGCCAAAUCAUCACAGGUCCUGUUAUGCUGGCAGGAGAUCACAAAUUUCAUCCAGAAUGUUUUGCCUGCAACUCUUGUGGAGCGUUUAUCGGGGAUGGAGAGAGUUACGCGUUGGUUGAAAGGUCCAAACUCUAUUGCGGAUGUUGUUACAAGAGGCAAAUGCAACCAAUCAAUAGGACAGCCAACUGUCCAUUUGCUAGAAAACCGCACAGCAUCAGGCUAGUGGAAAUACCUCCUACCACUUCCGAUUCAGAGAAGCAGAGAGGAAUCAAACUGACAUUAGACACAACUCCUAGUCCUAGAAAUUGUGGAGCUUUGCUUCGUAUAUCAGAGUUAAUGAGAAAUGUUCGUGGAAAGAUCAGUAAGCUGCUGGCCUCUGUGAUGGAGGUUCUAUUUAGGCUAUGCUGCCACUUCUCUAAUCAUAGACUGAAUGUAUCCAGUGAUCUCAUUUCCUUACACAUUGGAGAUCGAAUACUCGAAGUAAAUGGUACACCAGUCAAGGAUCAGCCCAUAGAAAGCAUAGAAAAUCUGAUACAACAUUCGGACACCGUUCUACAGUUGACCAUCGAGCAUGACCCGGAUGCAGUUUCGCGAAGACCCGCCUAUUCUUCGCCGUCCGCGGUUAUGUUGACAUCUAUAGGAAGUCCAAAAACCAGUACGGAGAGCAAAGAACGGUUGUUCAAACGACGGGACGAAGGUUACAUUAGCGGAACACGAAGCAGACAAUUAAGAAGGACGCGAGAUCCUAUGCACAAGGAGCGCAGCAGCUCCAUGUCGAGAUUACUCGAUGGAUCUACAACGAAUCCCACAUGCGACUUGAGCAGAACAAGGUCCUUUCGAGUGGAGCCAAAGAAUCAAAGAAUAUUUCGUGCCAGCGACCUGGUGAAGGGAGAACUUUUGGGCACAGGAUUCUUCGGCCAAGUAUUCAAGGUGACGCACAGAGACACCAACGAGGUCAUGGUAUUGAAAGAAUUGUACAGAGUGGACGAGGAAGCUCAGAAGAAUUUCUUGAAAGAGGUAGCCGUACUGCGGUCAUUGCAUCACAACAACGUUCUCCGAUUCAUUGGGGUGCUUUACAAAGACAAGAAACUCCAUCUGGUCACAGAGUACAUAGCGGGCGGAACUCUGAGAGCUCUGCUCCACGACACGAACGAAGUUCUGCCGUGGGAACAGCGGACGUCCUUCGCGAAAGACAUCGCCGCCGGCAUGGCGUAUCUACAUUCCAUGAACAUCAUUCAUCGAGACUUGAAUUCGCAUAACUGUUUGGUACGCGAAGACAAAACUGUGGUCGUCGCCGAUUUUGGUCUGGCCAGAAUAAUACAGAACGGUAAUUCGCCGGAUAAUCGCAAAUACAGUAGACAUUCCGACGGAGAAGCGAGAACGUCCAAGAAAGAACGGAAGAAAAGGUACACAGUGGUGGGAAAUCCGUAUUGGAUGGCCCCCGAGAUGAUGAAGGGCAACAAGUACGACGAGAAGGUCGACAUAUUCAGUUUCGGCAUCGUUGUGUGCGAGAUCAUAGGGCGAGUCCAAGCUGACCCCGAUUAUCUGCCAAGAUCCUCGGAUUUCGGUCUAAACCAAAAUGUUUUUAAAGAGAAAUUUUGCCUGAAUUGCCCCGAGAUGUUCUACAGGAUAGCAUUCCUCUGCUGCGACUUGAAUCCCGAUAAGAGGCCACCGUUCGAGCUGAUGCAGGUCUGGCUAGAGGGAUUGGCGAUGCAUUUAGCGGUGGGUGCUGAAUUACCGGUGGAUCUGGAGUUCGAUAUCAGGAACUAUACCGGGACCAGUACAAGCACCAGCGAGUCAACCACUCCGGAUACCCUUGCACCGCAACUAAAACCCAUAAAAGAGGGCCAGAUCCAUCAAGAGAAGAAACGGUGCAGCGGAUGCGACGAUAGUACUCUUGAACGCGAGGAAUCUGUCCAGAGUGGUAACACGCUUCAAGUGCCUGACGCGAUCACCUCGAAGGGAAGGUACACAAGACAGAACAGCAAAACGAACGAAUCACCAGGAAACACGAGUCGGUACGCGCGUCAAAAUUCCAGGUCGAAAGACAGCAGCGAGAAGCUCGAUACGAUCGUGUCUCCAGAGACCGGUGGUUUCGCCGGAUGCUUUGCCAGGCAGAAAUCUGUUGAAUCGUCGUCGCGUUUCCCCAACAAUAACAAAGACGACAAAACCUGUUGCACAAAGCAAACCGAACAAUCCGACUGUAAUCUGAAACGAAUACCCACCAUCGAGAAUGUCCGGUACGUAGGCAGAGCUAGUCCGUGCAUUUUAUCGGACACUCCGAACGAAUACACUGUCGACAGCAAAUGCUCGUACAAGGUCAAUAAUAACAUCAACUCGAAACCGGAAAUAGUGAAGACCAAGCUGGAGAAUAAAUUCAAGAUGCCGGAUGCAAGUUCCGUAAGCGCCUACCUGAGGCAAAUCGGCAAAUCCGCGAGCACCACGGAGACGGAGUACAAGCAGGACAGCCAAAGUGGCAACACGGACUCGAAGAAAGCCGGUGAUAGAAGUAACGAGACCCCGAAGUCGGUAGGUUCGUACUUGAGAAGAACAAAGAUCUCGCCUACAAAGGAAACACCAAAGAAUGCAUUUUCGCCGCAGAUUAAUAAUCAAUUUGAAGCUGGUACUUCGCUGCAAUCAAAACUAACCGUAAGCUCGGUGAAAAUGAACGAUAAUGAGCCGAUGAACGAAAGGAUAGUCAGACAGGACAGCAACGCCUCCAACAUCGGUAGCAUUCUGUCCAGACAAGGGAGCCUCACAGUACUAGACUGCUCGGCUAACAAGGACAAGGUUUGCAAAGAGUGUUCUCCUUUGAAUACUUUGCAGAAGGAAGAUACCCAGAAGAACAAGAAUUUGUAUUACACCGACAGCCUCUACUCGAACACGAGCAUCUCGAAGAACGACGAUCUUCUCAUAUACAACGUGCAAACAGAGAUUAACGCCGAGACUAAGAGAAACCACCGUGUCCAGGCCAUCCAAGACCCCUCCGAGUUAGAUUCCGAUCCGAAGAAAUCUGUAUACGACGGCAACAAGCUGCCCAGCUCGUUGGCAGAGUAUAGUGGUUGUUACAAGAAUGUGGAUCUGUGCAGGCAAGACAGCUUCGGCUCCGACAGUGCGGUAGGCACCAUGAGGAGUGAUUUUUUCGCGGAUUUGGACUUUGUUCAGUUAAGGGAUGGCAGACACACGCCGGAUUUGUGCCAUACUCCCGACAGGUGUUGCACGCCUAACCGGGCGACGUCGCCGAUUGAAAGCACAGCCUUGUGAGACCCCGAGAUAGGCCAUAAGGAUGAACAUAAAGAGAGGAAACAAACGAAUCUCACUCCACUAAUUUGAUCUCUGCGAUCUAGCGGCUUAACCCUGAUUAAAGCUGGUAGGAUAACUCGUUAAGAUUUUGAACAUUUCGUAACCAUUUUGAAGCCAUACGAACCAUUCAACAGCCACACAAAGUAUUAUCAACGUGUUUCUAGGUGUUCAGUGUGGCUGCCGCAGUGUCCAACUGAAACCUAUCUCCAUUGGUUUCUACGGUCAUCUUAUGGUCUUCAAAGUAUUUUGGAUACUUCGCGUCUUUUGUCAGAAGGUGCAUUCCCGCGUAAAUCUUGCCUAGCGGUUUUUUCUAUAAGCGCGAGUUCAAUGUAAUUUAUAAGACUAACGAAAGCAUUCCAUCCAGAAUUCUAUCUGAUGCGAUCGAGAUCGGUAGAAGAAACGCGUGCUUGGGAAAGUAGUCCUAAAAUCGCUACACCGAUCGAUGUCAAUUCUCAUCGGCGUACCCUCCACCGUUUCUCCUAUAAUCUUUUUUCGAAGUAUGGGAUUUCUUAUUACACUUCGAAGCUGUAAACAUUCUGUAGAGUCAGUUUGUAGAAUAGAAAAUGUAAAAAAUUAUAUCUUUUAUCGGAUACGAGGAUGUACAUCGUACUGUAAAAUAUUAUCUGCGUAUAGAACGAUGCCAUGUGUGGUGUGCAUGUACAGAAGAUUGAGACACGUAUGAAAAGUCGAGACACGUCAAUUAUAUCUUUGUUAUACGUCUCGAAGAACAAGCCAGAUCAGUUUGAUAUUUGAUUCUUUCGUUUUGACGUUUCCAAGUUGCUCGUUGAACUCUUUCCAGCAUCUGUUAUCUCUCUCUCUCUCUCUCUCUCUCUCUCUCUCUCUCACACACACACACACACACACACACACACACACACACACACAUACAUACUUCGUCCUCUUCUUUUAUUAUUUAUUUUCAUCGGUAGUUGGAUACUAGCAGUUCUUACUCGUAGCAAAGAUAUAAGUGAUGUUGAACUAAAUAGUUUGGUGUGUAUAAUACGAAGAAUGUACAUAUAGUUUUGUAUAUAUAUAUAUACUCCAAGAUUCGUCACGUUCAAAACACUGUUUACAAAACAUAUAUUUAAUAGUAACAAAAAAAAGAAGCUUUAUAUUGAUAAUGUAGAGACGGAAAGUUCUUUUGAUACUAUUAAACGAAAACAUACUUCUAUUCUAAUCGAAA